ACUCCCUUGGGCACGACCAAGAGAAGAGCCUAGCUCUCUUGGGUUCAGCUAGGGGGAUGAGCUCGGUCUGCUUAAAAUUACUGACUUUAUUAUUGAAGGGUCUUUUAAGUCCCACCGAUAAGAACUGUUUUGCAGGUAUCAGGACUUCAAGCAUCAAUUUUAUAUUUCUUGGGCUAAGGAGAAGGAGAUAAUGAUAUUAGGACAUCAAUCACUUGCAAAUAGCUUAUUUGGGCCUGCCAUUUUAUUGUUUGAUAGUUGCUAAAUUAAAACCUUUCAAAAUGUGUUUUUGUCUGAUAAAACUGUACUGUCAAUUUUUCUUUGUUCUGAAAGAAGUAAUCUUCUUAGGUUGUCCCAUUCACUCACCAGAUGAGUGAAUAUAAACAGAGCUUCUUGUUGCUUUUCCAGAGCCUCUUUUCGUGGAUCCAUAUGCUGGUUGCUUUGUUCAUCCCGAUGUACAGAUGGAUUUGAAGAAGUGCUCACACCAGUAUUGCCUUGCGACUAAAUUCAUUGAUGAUAAGUUACUUCGUACAGUGAACCAUAUCGAUGGACUCAAGCAGGUUGUUUUGUUAACAGAUGGGAUGGACACUCGGCCAUAUAGGCUUAACUGGCCAACUUCAACUGUAAUAUUUGACAUAUCCUCAGAAAGGAUAUUUAAAAAGUCAGCUGAAAAGCUUCAAGGUGUUGGGGCCAAAAUUCCAAGAAAUUGCUUGUUCCUUCAUGUUCCUUUGGAGUCCUCUGAUAUACAACACAGUCUGCUUGCUAAAGGCUUUAAUGGUAAUCAGCCUAGUAUAUGGGUCAUCCAGGGACUGCCUGUUAUGACUUUGGCAAAUUUCAAAGAAAUUUUGUUGGUUGCCAGUAGUUUGGCCAUGAGUGGAUGCUUGUUCUUGGGGGAACUGCCUGCAUGGUUGGCAGAAACUGAAAUUGGCAUCAAGCCCAGCGCAGAGAAAUGGAUGAACAAGCUCUUCAUGAGCAAUGGCUUCCGAGUGGACAUGAUUGGCUAUGAUGAAGUUGCUAAGAGUUUAGGAAAGGAAGUAUCACCAGGAGACUACGAGAAUAUCUUAUUUGUCGCAGAACAAUUGCAAUUUUCAGAUGAUCAGAUGGAAUUUUGGAGGAGAGAAUUACAAAGGGUUGAGGAGGAAGGGGAUGAAGAAGGGUUCGAGGAGCUCUAAAUUUAAACAAAGAACUGCAUUACAUUAACAUCCUUUCCUCUCUCUCUUUUGUUUUUGGCUCUCUCUAUUUUUUUAGCAGUUCUUCAGAACGUUUUAACCCAAAAUAGCAGGUUUAUGUAAUAAAGUGUUCCCAAUUUUAUUUGGACCUCCAGUCCAAGUGGCACGCCUCCCUUUUUGUAUAUAGAGAGGAAUCGAACUAUAUGAAAGCAUUUUGGGAUGGAGAGGGAUCCAGGGAGAAGCUCAACUGAAUAAAAGCAAAGAGCACUGAUUUCUGGGAUCCGGGAAGGAGAAGAUCGCAUCCGGUGUAUGGUUAUUGCAGUCUUAGGUGUAAUUGAAUGAAGAACAACUCAAUAAAUUUCAGUUGUCAUUUCA